AUGGAGUCGUACCUCAAAAAUGCGCCGCCGUUCCUCGUGCCGCCCAUCAAAUUGCCCGAGUUCGUCCAGGUCGACCCGGACAACCGCACAGACGCCAACAAGCACGAAAUUGAGCCCAGAAUCAACCUCUAUUCAAAGUAUUACGACAAGCUCAACAGAGAUGGCUUGUUGUACGAACCCAACGCAGACUCCGCCACAGCAAGAUACUACAAGCAGCACCAUCUGUACACGCCACAGGUGCUCCAGGAGUCCAUCACCCCGGACAUGCCGCCAUACACCACGCAAACCGAGCCGUUUGUGGGCUCCAGCAACCUGGUCAGGUUCCCAGACCUAUUUGCGGGAGAUCAUGUGCCGUGCCUAAUUCACCACUCAAUUGCCCGACUCGGAUACCGGGUCUGCAUUUUCGGAGGUCUUGCCCGCAUGGAGGACGACGAAUACGAGCUGUAUCUAAGAGACCUGACCAAUGACUUCCAGGUCCCGGCUAGCAAUAUCCACAUGGAGUUUGACUACGACUUGCCCGAACCGCUCUCGAAGAACAAACUCACGUGUCUGGCCAUGAGACCCAACACAACGGUGUACAUCUACAACGUCGAAACAAGCACAAUGCUCCAGAUGUGCGAGCUGGACGGCAUCAACACGCCGCCGCCGCUACUUUGCUCCAUGAUGCAGCCUCUGAGUGCGCACCACUGGCUGUGCCACGCCGGGUUCGAGCUCGAGACCCACGUCCGCAAGGAGAACGGCCAUGUGUACGUCACACGGAAAAUCGUCCCGCAAACGUCGAUGUGGAUGUUCGAUAUCCGCACAAACACAUUCACCAAAUUAAGAGCCAUUCUGGGCUCUGAGCUGUCCGAGUUUCUGCCGCAGUACAUCCCGCGGUUCGGCCACGGGUGCCACGGAAUCACGCUCGAACAGAACAAUGCCAUGGACGACCACGACAGUCGCAGAUCAGACACCCGUAUGGUCCAUUCGCGGCCGGCAGUGGUGUUUGUCAUGGGAGGAUACAAGAUGGACCCGGAAACCAACCGUUUCAUCGCGCUCAACGACCUGUGGAAGUGUGAGAUCUCCGUGGUCAACUCGCAGGGUACGUUCGACACCGCGUACGAUUUCCAAUUCUCAACCGAGAUCAUCUGCUCGCUGCUGGGGCGACCAGAAUUUAUAGACGACCGGUUCAGUUUCGAGUACUCCGCGGACGGCGAGUUUAUUGGACCAAGCACCAAGAAGAUGAUCCGCGGUCUGUUCCGCCACGGUUUUGGCGCCCGGUGGCCCAGACCGCGCGGGUUCUUCUCGCUGAACCUUGUCAAGAGCCAGAAUUUCUAUAACCAGUUUGACGACGUCUCGUUCGACCUGUCUUCGCCCGUCUCGCGCAUCUCCAGACAGCGCGAGGGCACAGUUUCCCCAUCAACAGACACAGGCCGGUCGUCGCCGUUCAUGGCGCCGCCCUACUCGUCGCCAGCCAUCCGCGACAGAACUCUUGUGGUGUAUGGGGGCUCCAGCACUGUCUAUUUCAAACUCGUCUCCAAUGACGGCAAGGAGCACGGCUACUACCGACACGAGAUCCUCGGCGACAUGUGGUGUUUCGACCUGAUGUCCGAGUCCUGGAAUUACGUCCCCACCGCGAAGCAUUCGGACGGCCAGGCGCUCAAGAUCUGCGGCCAUGCUUCUGCGUGCGACGGCGAGACAUUGAUGGUUCUUGGCGGCCUGCGCGAGUACCAACUGCCGGAUUCGCGACUGCUGCUCCAAUGCGAAGACCCAGAGUCCGGCAAAGACCACUGGACCGUGGCCAGCUCCAUUCUGGAGUCGCUGUCGGAACCGCCCGGUCGCGAAAGUGACAAACUGACGUUCAAUUUCUACGUGCUCAACUUUGCCACCCGCAAAUGGAAGUACGCACACACGAAACUCGUCAACCAGAUCACAGACGUUGUGAUGAGCCACUCGCUGAUCAACGCCCACGCGCAGGCUGUGCAGAUCGACUCAAAAGUGGUCAUUGUUGGUGGAGACAGCCGUAAGCUGGGAGCAGACCAUCGACUCGAGGCCGACGAGUGCCAGAACCAAACUUUUGGCGGGGUCUGCGACGUGCUGUCGCUGCUCAUGAAAUUCUAA